AUGAUGGAGGUGGAGAAGAGGGAUAAGGAGGACCAGCAGGAAGAAGGCCAGAAGUCGCAGGAGGAGAGGGAGAAAAAACAAAGUGGUGAAGAUGAGGAGCAGUUCUGUAAGUUUCAUCAGGCUAACACUGCUCAUCGCUUGCUCUAUGAGUCGCUACAGAAUUUAUCUGCUUUUUCUUUAUUUAGAAAGAUCAGAAAAGAUGAUGUGUAAGUUAGGUAGUUUUGAAUAGUUGCAUAUUCUCUGAGCCAUGUAAAAGGUCUUUGGACAUGCCUACAUGAUUAAGUGAACUGAAGGUAGUGUCGUGAGAUUGCCUAGGAAGCAUAGGAAUGUAGAAUAAUGAAUGAUAGAAGGCGCUGCUCUAGAUUGAUAAAAAAAACUCCCUGAAAAUUAUCUUAAUUGAGUUCGUGAUUUGCUAUAUGGUCUGCCAUGAGUAACAAGCCCACAGGCUGCGUGAUAGAAAGUCCUGCAUUUCGAAUGUAUUUCAGAUGACAUUGUAUUGAGCUGCUCUGAGGAAAAAGUGGAGGAAGUGGAGGAAGGAGCAAUCUUCCCAAUGGGCAUUGCGGACAAUGCCGUCGAAGAGACGUUGAAACCUGUGGUUGUAAAAGGUGCGUACAUUUGCCAGAAUGUUAAACGAUUUAUGCUAUUCAAUCAUGAGCGUCAAGCGUAGUAGACGAUAACAUGCAGCUCUGAAAAAUGAAAUCGCGCAGCGUAAGGUAGGUACUGGAUGAAGUCAAGAUGAAUUACGUGGGUGGUUUCCUAGGUGGCAUAAAUGAGUAAUCAGAACAGAAGCUGGUCUAAGUUGGUGCAGCAUGUUAGGAAUUAGGUCAGUUCACUGUUUAACUUGCCCUUUCGAUGGCAGCUUUGCCGUGUGUUGUUAAGCGAGUUGUUAUGUAGAAAGAAUAAAUAGAAGGUAUGAUGGAAAUCCGUACAUCAGGGGUGUGUUUGAGAUGACAUUAAAUGACCAAGUGCGCAAACAAUGAUGCUGGAAUUCGAGGCAAUGCAUAUUUUAGAUGACGUUUCACUUCAAUGUGCGCGGGUGACUGUAGUGGAGUUCAGGGAGAACGCAGUGCUCCACUUGCCGUAGCUGGUUAACGCCGAUGAACAAAAGGCAGGUCAGAACGCCUUCCAAUCUCUUUCUUAGAUAAAGACAAUUGUAAAGUUUAUGUCCACUGGCGGUUGGUAGUCAAUCGCGACAGAGCAAGACAUCCGUCGUAGGAACCGUCUUAGUCUACGACGGCUUUGAUGGGACGAACCUAAAAUUCGGGAAAGUUACUAUUGAAAUGUUGUUUGCAAAUGGGUUUGAGCACUUGACACGCGUCAAUAUUGGAAGUGCCAGCUCAUGACAUCAGGAAAUGUGAUAAGUCUUAAGGUUGAAUACAGUUAUGUAGCAUAUCUUAUCCCUGACGCACUUUUAAAAAGACCGCUGCAUUGAAUACACGCAUAGGCGGCUAUCUAGGUAGUAACGCGUCUUACAAAUGUAUCUGUUAGAACAAUUAAGGAUGCAAUGCAGUAUCGUUAAUUGCGAUUCUUCAUCUUCACUUAUACAUACACCUGGAACUCGAAAUUUCGCCUUUAUUCAGGAAUGAAAAUGUACAAAAUCAACAGUGUUUAUAGAUGUCUUAAGGGCUAUUUUGUCAUUAACACUCAUCAUCUUCACGCCGCCCGCAUGACAAGGUCGGCGGGUGUUAGUGCUCAGAGAUUGGUGAGGGGGGUAAGAGAGUCUUUGAGUUAUGUUCUUUGAUUGAGUACACAGAGUACCCAUCACCGUGAUUAGGGAUUUGAGGUGGCAUGGCUUCAUCACUUGGGGUUGGCGUUGGCCGCGGAAGAGAAAGCACUUUUGUCAGAGAUUUCUGACGGCAUAACACCGGAUUCGCUAACUGUAUAGCUACUGCCUCGGCCGUUGCUAGUAUCCGUUGGCGUAGACCUUUAGAGAAGCUUGCUGGUGUCUGGUAGACAACCUGAAAUGCUUUCUUGGCAUCGACUCGGUGGUUCGUGUCGAUUAAAUGUGCAAGAAUUCAGACUCAUCGAAAUCACCGGAUGACUUCAUACAACCGCCUAGACUGCAGUUAUUUCCGCUUACUGGCAGCAAUUUUAGAGUACUAACCAGGUUGAUUGAGCAGACAUCGUGUGCAUGACUGUCACCUAGGCAACAAUAAUGUUUCAUUAAGACCUUCCUUUAAUAGGAUGCCCUGAUGAUGUGUUGAAGACAAAGUUAGCAUUUUAGGUGUAGUUUCCCCCUUAAGUUGUUUUAUUAUGCUAAGUAUUCGUUGCCCAAAAUUCGAACGACAAAAUGUGCACUUCCGAGAGCAACAUCAGUUGUAGGGUCGAUGAACUCGUGGCAAAACUGUCUUAUCUCUUUGAUGUCCGUAUGGCGGAGGGUAAAACGGAUCUUGCCCUUUGGCUACCAUUUUCCGAGCGUGACGAACACUCAUAAUUGGGUACGACAGAUACGAUGGCAGAUGUGAUCAGUGGUAGGCUAAAUCCCAGCAGGAAACACUAAAUUAUCUUGAGCAAAAUCAUUUUAUCUGCCGGUAACAUCACUAAAUAUGACUUCCGUUCCAUCUGAGGAAAAGUACUCCCUACACAUGCUAAAAUGGCAUCGUUUGGCGGUGAUUGUAUGGAAGCAAAUAAAAGUGAGACAAAGACGUGCUGUAAAUGAUGCAACACAGAAAAUGAACUAAAUCUUCUAUAAACUUGAAAUGUAACAGUUUCAGCAAAUAUGUGCACUGCAUAAAACAAGAUUCAUCUACCUCUAGGACGAAAUUUUUUAAAAACUAAUUGCGAGACAGACACUAGUUAUGAGCGCAAAUCCGAUGCAGAUAAUGAAAUGAUCGUACCCUCAGUAGUCUGAGAGUUUUCACUGUAAUAGUAGUUAAAAUCCGAUUCCCAGGUGGAAUAUCAAAAGAAGAGUGGGCGUUCACCGGGAGGGGUUUAUUUGAGAUCCGACGUUUCGGGUAGUUUACUCGUCUACCCAUCUUCAGGGACUGAGAGGUCCUGUGCACAGCACUCCUUAUUAUGGCGCCCUUUUUCCAAUGCGUGAUCCGCCAAUGCCGCCUGUGUGGCUGCAUCCAACCCGCAUGUCACCGUGGCCUGAAUCGCCCCCGGCUGCCGCGGUGAUGACUGACGGCCCCGAUUGUCCCGCGCCGUGACUGUCCCCCGCUAAGAAGGUUCGUAAAGCUAGAUAUGGGGGAGGCAAAUUGAUGUGGCGGUUGACAGAGCGGUCGGUGGACAUCCAGGCUUCUUGCACUUGCCUUGCUGUGUGAUCGCCGCCCCGGCCCACAAUCUCAACGGCGUCAAAGUUGAAGAUGUGUCCCAUUUGCGCGGCAUGGGUUGCUACCUCCGACUUUGGGUCCAACCUUCGCACGGCCAACUUAUGUUCGUGCAUUCGCGUUUGCAGCCGUCGGCCGGUUUCCCCAACGUAGUCGCAACUUCCGCAGCUGCAUUGGAGUCGGUAGACAACGGCCGACAUCUCCUGCUUAGGGAUCGGAUCUUUCGGCCGCAUCACUUGCCGGCGGAUUGUUGAGUCAGGCCUGUGGGCAACACCUAUUCCGAGUGGCGCGAGUGAUCGAGCCACGACUUCGGAGACCCCUUUAAUGUACGGAAUGCUCCGCCACGAGUUUGGCUGACUGUGCUCCUCGUUCCGUUUCUUUGGCUGCCUCCGGCUUCGUUCAAUCAAUGCCCGUGGAUAGCCAUUGGCUCUGAAAAGUCCUCGGAGGAGCUUUAUCUCAUUCAGUUUGGCGGCUGGCGUGCUGCAAUGAGUUUCUACCCGUCGGUACAGCGUGCGGACACAGCUUCGUCUGUGUUGUGGCGGGUGGUUGCGGCCGCCGGGGGCGAUUCAGGCCACGGUGACAUGCGGGUUGGAUGCAGCCACACAGGCGGCAUUGGCGGAUCACGCAUUGGACAAAGGGCGCCAUAAUAAGGAGUGCUGUGCACAGGACCUCUCAGUCCCUGAAGAUGGGUAGACGAGUAAACUACCCGAAACGUCGGAUCUCAAAUAAACCCCUCCCGGUGAACGCCCACUCUUCUUUUGAGUUUUCACUGUCUUGUUCUAUAUUUCUGUUGCACAGAUAGCACGAGAAUAUCCUACAUGAAGCGGUCUGUUGGAUUGGCUUAAUUUUGUCAUUAAUAAUAGAGUCUUCAAAUGAAUUACCGAUUACCCCUAAAUAUUGUGAUCUAACUUGUGUUGUAUUCGGUUAGGAAACAUGGAAUGCAAAACAUACUUGUAGGAUAAGAAGCUUAAGCUGAAAAGACACAGUCAGCCUCAUGAUGCAUAGUUUUACGUACCCUCGACCAUCUUCUCUGUCAUAUGGCUCACAGCGCGGACGAAGCAGUCAUCCCGCCUUGACAUUACCUCAGCCUCUUUCAAUAUGUUAUAUAUCUUCUCAAGGCCAUUAGCCUGGACUUCAGCUAAUAGAAACGUUGUCAAUUAGGACCUCUGUAUUGCUUGGGUGGAAUGUAGCAUCAAGCAAACUUGACGGUCAUAGCAAAUUGACGAGUGUGCGUACCUGGUACAAGCGAGGCUUUUGCCUUUUGUUCAGCGACGUUGUCCAACUCCGGCAAAUGGGGCCAUGGGUUGUCCCUGAAAUCCAAUACGGUCACCCGCGCGCAUUGCAGAGCAACAUCAUCUAAAAUAUACAUGGCCAUUAUAUCUUCCCUGUGUUUGUUCCUCAUAGCUACUGACUGACGACGAACUCGCCCUCGAAUGUAGGCCAAACAGUUAACUGACGUAGGUCUAUGCAUCUUGUAUCAACUUAGAUCCAACCAUCAGGCACUUCUAUGAUACCUAGGCAAUCGCCUUCUUGACAUUCCUCUGGUAUCUAUAUGAACAUUACCUUCUGCCUUCGGUCUUCGCGUAAUUCGUCAUCUUUGUUAAAAUAAUUAUAUUUCAUGUUGAAAUUUGCUAAAUGCAAGCACCUGUAACAGCUGAAGCGUUCGCUAUUUCUUCGAUGGAAUCGUCCAUCUCUGGAUCGGGGAGAAGCGUGUUCUCGUCGAAUUCCAGUAUCAUCGUUUGCGCACUUUGCCAUUUAAUGUCAUCUCAAAUACAUCCCUGAUGUAUGGAUAUCCAUCAUACCUUCUCUUUAUUUGUCCUUCAUAACAAAUCGCUUAACAACACACGGCAAAGCUGCCAUCGAAUGGGCAAAUUACACAGUGAACUGACCUACUUCUUAACAUGCUGCACCAACUAAGACGGGUUUCGGCUGUGAUUACUCAUAAGGUAAAUUUAUGCCACCUAGGAAACCACCCACGUAGUUCAUUUUGACUUCAUCCAGGAAUUACCUUAAGCUAAGAGAUUUCAUUCUUGAGAUUUGGAUGUUAUCGCUCUUUACGCUUGACGUCAUUGACUGAACACUCUUUAUCCUUUACUUUGGUGACAGCUUUCGGUUUCUCGACUGCAAUAAAAUUAUUUUUGUCGAUGAUGGUAAGUUCUCGCAAGUCAUUAAGGAUCAUUGCUUCCUGAGAACCUUUCAAAUCAACCUACACCGAUCGCGUGCGUGCUCGCAGAAUUGGCUUCGAAAUUUCAAUGUGCAGAAUUGUGCCGUUCUUCAUCUGCGUCCAACCCACUAUCAUUCGAAUGCCAGCCUGAGACAUAUCAUGUAAAUUUUAUAGGACCUCCGGCAGAAUCUUCACAGAAUGAUCUCAGUGUUUGUGUUUAAUUCAACACUGCAGUGCCAGAAACCUGCAAAAAACGCCAUUUGAGUGCUCUAUAAAAUCAAAAAAGCAUUGGUACUCUUCGACCACGACCGUUUUAAAAGAGUUUACCGCACCUUUGUUCGGUACCAUUUGGAAUACGGCCAACAGGCGUGGCAGCCAUGCAACAAAUCUCGUAAACGGUCUAAAAAGCCAAUCCUACACAAACAGAGUGAAUUGCUUUAAUUUAUUUCCUCUAUUUUACAGGCAGCAAAGAGGUAAGCUUAUCCUUGUCUACAAGUUAAUACAGGGCCUUUAGCAUAGACAGAAAUUUGGGGAGAUGUUUCAGUGGCACCUUUCACCCUGUUUCGGUGUUUACUCGAUGAUUCGACGGACAACAUGUUCAGGCUGAAUCGUCAUUCUGAAUUUGUCACGUAAAGAGUAGUGGAGAAACGAAACGGUCUCCGUAAGUCAGUCGUGGAGGUGACGCACUGCAACUCUUCAAGAAAUAGAUUCUGCCUACCGCGUCUAAACUUCUAAAAUUUACUUUUACUUUCUUUGAUGGGACCCCAACGGGUUCUUUAUGAAAAAUUAUUUAUUUGUUUCAACGCUUGGAUUAUUAUUUAUGUCCCCUUUAUACCCUGGACACACUGAACCGGACCUAAACACCCCGAGACCCCGAAAAUAUUUUCUCUGGAACAAUGCUACUCAAAUGAUUAAUGUACAGUUUUAAUAGCAAAUAUUUUCAUAGUUAAUGCACAGUGGUUCCUAACGAGCUGGAAUUUAAUCAGUAGGGCUUUAAGGGGCCGUGUUUAUUAUCUAUAACAAAUGAACAAAAAAUAUAUUCGUUGAACAUACUGUCAAAUAUACGCACCUUUUACAGUCACAGAUUUCAAGGUUUCUUUGACGCCAUUGUCGACAUUGCACAUCGGGAAGACUGUUCCUUCCUCCAAUUCCCCCAUCAUUUCCUCUGAGCAGUUCAACUCAAAGUCAUCUGAAAUACAUUUGAAAUGUAAGAACUUCUAUCACAUAUUCUGUGUGCUUCUUAUUCAUGACAGACCAUAUAGCAAAUCACGAACUCAGUUGACAUAAUUAUUAGGGUUUUUUUUUAUCAAUCUAGAGCAGCGCCUGCUAUCAUUCGUUAUUUUACACUCCUAUGCUUCUUAGGCAAUCGCACGACACGACUUUCAGUGCCGAGAAUCAUGCCUAUUAUGCCCAAAAGCCUUUUACCUGGCUCAGAAAAUAUGCAACUAUGAAAAACUACCUAACUUUGACAUCAUCUUUCCGGAUCCUUCUUAAUCUAGAAAAAAAGGUCAAAUAAUGUAGCGACUCAUAGAGCAAGCGAUGAACAGUGUUUAUCAGAUGAGACUUACAGAACUGCUCCUGAUGUCCCUUGCUUUGUUCCUUCCCCUGCUCCUCCGUCUUCUGCUCUUAUUGCUUCUGGUCCUCCUACCCCCCCGUCUCCGCCUCCACCAUAAUUCAACGCAAUUUGCUUCGUGAGAUAAAUCGCAUGUAAUCUGCUGCCGAUCUGACAUACAUUGCACCAGGAUGUCUGAUGCUAGCUAGCAUUGUGGUCCUAUUGCUGAAGGCUACCAUUCAAACUCGGAGUAAAUCGAUAAGGAUGGGUGCCGCGCGUGAUAGGCUGGGAUGGAUCUUGCGACAUCGCAUGCCCGUAGAUUUGCUUAUCCCUGUCUCUUGAACCCGGCAGCAUAUACUUUCUGCAGAAAUCGUUUGAGGACGCAUCAGGCGUACAGCAAAUGAUACAGUUACUGAUCGUGCUGACAUUUAGACUACCAUGCAACAUAAUUACCCAACUUUUUCAUACACUAAAUGAAGCUGGUCUUUGACUGCAGUUUUCGUGCUCGAACGCCUAAGUCACAGGAACUGAUGUGAAAAUGCAACUUAGAUAUUUGAUACCUGCUUAGAUCCUAUGGCCAUCUCAACAUAGUAUGCUGAAAAGCACCUUCUCACCCAACCACUUCUAAGCAAUUACGCCUACCUACUAUUUGUUCUUAAGCAAGCAAAUAAUUUAAUUGUUUUAUUGGGUAUUCUUGGAGGUGCAUUCAUAGCAAACAAAUACAUAUUUUCAAUUGGAUUUUAGAACAGGUAUACAGACUGCGUGCAGUAUCCAGUUUAUUUAUAUGCAAUUAACAGUCUGAUAUUAAAAAAACGGUGAGUGCGCAGUGAAAAUUACCCCUUCUAAUGAAAACGGACAAAAAGAGUGUGAUUUGACUAACUGUUAAGGUGAUUAAAGUUCUCGCUUAUGAAAGGGCACAUGUGCGGGUCAGACAGCACUGGUAAUUCACGAGGGAUUCGAAACAGACAUCGUCAAGACAGAAUUCUUGAGCCGGAUGAUGCUGUUCGCGUCGAAGUGACGAGACGAGUGAAGGCCAGACGCGAUCGAUCACAGUCCGUUUCGAGCUCCAGCCGAGGAUGGGACACUAAAGGUUGAGGCAGUCAGCAAAUUGUACGAGGAGACACAACCAUGACACUUUCUUGCUGACCGACCAAACUACUGGCAGAUGGCGAAAACAAAGGAUUCUGUCGUACUCAACAACAGAGCGUUUGGGGUCGGAAUGAGAUGACAUCUAAGAACCGCGAAAAUCAUGGCUCCAGGGGGUGAGGAGUAAUAACAGAGGAUUUAGUGGCCAAGUAAAGACAGGGGGUUGUAAAUAUAUAAGUGAAAGUCUUCAUCUGAAGAAGCGAAACCUUAUUUAUCUAUCAGUAAAUCCCAAGUGGACCCUUCUCAAAUUUAAAAAGCUAAGUGCUCGGGACCGAAACGGUCAAAAACGCCUUUAUACUUUACGGUGUAAUGUGCCUGCGUAACCUCUGUUUAAAUGCCGACAAGUUAGGUGAUGGCCUAUGUUCCGGUGGAAUACUAUUCCAAAGAAAGGCAUAUUUGCAUGCAAAACAGAGGGAAGGUUUAUAUGUAGGGCAAAGAGGCGACGGAAUUACCAUGAAGGAGCUGCCUGUGACAUAAGGCCGAUCUCUCCAAUCGAGAUUUUUAAUAUGCGAAAGAUUGGAGCUAGAACUGAGGUAAAGCAUGAAGAGUUUUCUAAUCCACAAAAACUUAAUAUGCGUCAAUUGAUAUCUCUCAGUGUAAGAAAUACUGCAUGAAGCUUAAGAGAAGAGAUUUCGAGUAGAAUCUCUCUAAACAUGUUCCAUUUUAUUACGAUCACAUGCGUUCAUUUAACCAAAGAAAUGGCAGCAGUACUUGAGGACUGUGAUGAACAAAUAUUUUAUGAAGUCUAAGCUUUAUUUCCGAAAGGAAAACGUAUAUCAUAUGAACCCACAUAUUUGCGUAGCUUUGGCAGAGAUACCAUCUACAAGAGGUGAUUAGGUAAGCUUAUUUGUACCAAUUAAACCGUGGUCGUUUAUGGUAAAGCAUUCAGAGAGUAGGUAUGUAUAAAAUAAUUAAUUGGUCCUGGAAGCCUGGCAGGACCAAAAAUACGAAUUUGCACUUGGAUGAUGAAAACUCCAUUUGCUAUGUUGAAAAUUUGAGUUGUCCUUAGAAUAUGAGUAAAACACUUGAGGUCUUUCAUGAAAAUAUACCUUUGUAAAAUUCUGAUUUAAGUCGAAAUGUCAUUGAUUUAUAGAAGGAAGGAUAGCGGAACCGAGACCGUGCUUUGAAGUACGCAACUCAUUAUCGACUGAGGUGUCGAGUAGCUAUUACCAAUCAUGACGUUAUAGCAGCGGUUGGAUAGGUAGGACCCGAUGAAGUUCAGUAAUGGAGGCCGGAAGCCGAUGGCCUCCGAUUUCCCCAAAAGACGUCUAUGUGGCAACUUGUCGAAGGCUCUGUUCUGAUCAAUGUGGGUAAAUACCACCGACUGCUGCUCAUUAUGAAGUGAAGCAAUUAGAUUAAGAAGGGCUAAGUGACAGACUUCGAGAGAUCUUUUACGAAAAUAUAUGCUGCCUUGAUCUCAAAAAAUUAUACGUUAGACAGAAAUGAUGAAUCCAUUGAAAUUUUUAGAGGUUUGGGCAGAUUUUGAAAAAUUCAUAUUGACCCAUUUGUGAAAUCUCGGCGCCUCGGUGGGAUUCGAACCCACGCAGUAAGGGGAAGGCUUCAGUUUAGCCAACGAUCUAAUCACUUGAGCUACGAGGCCUCGUCGGACGACGUGAUUUAAAGCCUGGUAGUCAUCUGGUGGAUUCCAAAUGAAUUACUUACGGAAUCCUGCCUGAGCAGCCAACUUACUGCAUCAGAUUUCGUGGAUUCCAGACGCGGCAGUAGGUUGGGCGGGUAACUUGGCCCAAAUGUGAUUAAACUCGGGAUUUCAUACACCGAGAGAUGUCAACUGACAAAUAUUAAAUCUUCAUGGAAGAGGAAGUCUCGAAGCUGGCCUUUACUUCCUGUUUCGCAUUUACUCUAGAUCCAAUCUUGCGCCCAUUGACAUUCUCACUCCGAGAGAUCGGUCUUAUGCCACGCGCAGUUCCGCCAUGGUGAAUCCGCCGGCACUUCCUUUGCAUGUGAAUGUUCCCUCUUUCAUCUUAAUAUGCCUUCCUUUUUAAAUAAUAUUUUACGAAGACUUAGGCCCUCCUUCAUAUAUCGGUAUUCAAAUCAAAAUUAUUCAAGCACCUAACCUCGGAAAGCAUAAAGUCGCUAUUGCCCGUUUCAUUCACAAUUACUCAGUUUCUUGACUUUAUGAAGACUCCUCCUGAGACUUAAUCGUACGUAAUACAUGUUUUUUUGUUCGAGUGUAAAUUGUUACUCAGGUUUUUACAACUCCCAGCUUUUAAUUGUCUGCUAAAUCCAGUGUUACUUAUCCUCUCCUACAGCGAUGAUUUGAGAGGUUCGUUGAUUUCAUCUCUUCAUUUCGACCCCAAGCGAACUGUUGACGGUCACGGCGUACGCCUAGUUUUCGCCAUCUGCCAGUAGUUGGGCUGGUCAGCAAAGGGGUGUCAUUGUCCACGCCUAACUCUGACGCAAUGCGUUCUGUAGCUUCGGAGACACAUCCUUUAGGUACGUUAGGGAGUGCCAAAUUGUUGGUUUCUCUCUUCCGUUUGUCGCUCGUGGGUGCUGAUAAAACUAUUUGGGAUGCCGUGCUUUGCUGCUUGGUCCCUGAGAUGCCGUAGUUGUUGCAUUUUUCCUUCCUGGUUGAAAUGCGCCCACACAGCCCCGUUUGUGCACCAAUGGGUGGUUGCUAUGAUAGUUGAGGACCUGAAGUGUAUUGGUCGCUUUUCUGUAGUGCUGCGUUUGAUUGAGUUUUGAAAAAGUUUUCUAAUUGCCGAAUAAUUUGGAGCCUGAUCAUUCGUUGCAUUAGCGCUUAGUGAGUUAGGUCUACAAGGUGCAUGCGUUCCGCGUAAAGAAAAUCACAUAUUUUGUAUGCCAUUAACGAGAUAUCAUACAGAGUCCGUAAAAUUUUGCAAUAUAUGCGGACCAUGUUGUACUUUUCAUGAGAAGUUGUGGUAAACAGCCAGGUACGAUGCUAUGUGAAUGGACAGUUCGCGAUCUUAAAAAGCCUCAUAAUAAGAAACUUUUUUAAAACCUAAUUAAAUUCCUUCCUUAAGUAUAAAUUAUAAAGAAAACGUAGUUCCCCAUUAAUUGACUAAAAGAAAACAUAUUUUCGUUCAUUGUUUCUGUAUAAUAUAUUUGAAUUUACAAGACCAUCGAAAAUCAAUGGAAAAAAUGCAUGCUACUUAAGUAUUCAUUUUUUACCGAGUACGCUUUCUGCAGGAUAUUGAAAAGAAGUGCAUAUAAAAGCCGACAUCCUGAUGAGACGAAAUUUUAUAAGAUUAUGCCACAAGAUAAUCAGUAUUACAACCGCGACCAAAUAAUCCUUCCUAAUCGAAAACGCAUUUCAGAAUUUCAGCCAACAUUUCAUAAGAUCGGUCAAUCACUGUAUUCUGGAGCGGCCGCUCGUAGGCCGACUUAUCCUUUGUCAUCCGGAGCGAAAUCAUCCGGCGCUUGCCCUGUUUGCCGCAGGGCAUCAACAAUCGUCUGAUAAGCCACUGCCUGCGAAUGCGCCCGCGCGAUGACCAGUCCUGACGCGGCAAAGAACAAAUUAAACGAGGACCUGAAUGCUUUUCUGGCGUCUGUGCGGAAGGUGGAUAAGUUGAUUUUCCUUGGUGACUUCAACACCCGCGUCGGCUCAAAUCUUGCAGCCAGAUCGUGUCCCCAUGGCCUCGGCGGCUUCAAUGACAAUGGCCUGAUCCUCCUACGAACCUGAGCAGAGCAUCACCUCAUUCUGAUCAACAGCUUCUGACUCCUGACGCAGAAAAAGGUGGCCUGAAUGCACCCUCGGUCGCGAAACUGGCAUCUGCUGGACUAUGUCCUCGUUUAGGAACGAAAUCAGCCGGACGUGCAGAUGAAAAGGGCGUACACGGUUGUCGGCGGGUGGGCCGACCGUUAACUCGUCAUCUCGAAGACAAGGAUCCGCCAACAACCUCGCAGCAGACCUCAAGGUAUGCGAGAAACAGGUGAGAUAAAUACCGUUUUGUUGAAUGUGCCUAUUCACCAUCUCCAUUUCGACAAUGAACUAGCUCAGCGGCUAGCCAACUUUUCAGUCGCCGCCGCUGAAGAGGACGCCUCCGUGGAGAACUGCUGAUAUAGUCUGGGGGACAAAAUCCAGUCAACCGCGCACGCCGCCUGCAUUAGGACAGUUUUGAAGACAACGACAUCGUCAUCAGCAACCUACUCGCGGAGGAUAACCGCCUACACAAGGCCUACGUCAACUGCCCUACUGACAAAAACAAAGAAGCCUUCUACCGAUGUCGUCGCCUUGUACAAAAGCGGCUGCAGGAGAUGUAAGGCGCCCAUACGGAUUGUAAGGUCGAGAAGAUCCAAGGGCACGCGGACCGCAACGAAUGGAAGAACGUUUUGGCUGCGCUCCUAGAAAUGACGAAAACUCUGAAGAAAUGGGUCGAGCACUACAGAGGCGUCCUCCACUGUCCUUCCAUCAUCUCCGACGUCGCCAUCGACCGAUUGUCUCAAGUGGAGACCAACACGGACCUCAACCUCUCUCUCGCUCUCCAUGAAACCAUCAGGACGGUGAAGCAAAUCGCGAGCAGGAAGGCGCCCGGGUCAGACGCUAUCUCCGAUGAGAUUUACGAGCACGGUGCCCCAAAAAUCAUAAAUCGUCCGACAGUGGCUUUCAAGGAGAUACGGUGUCAAGCAGCAGUCACUCAAGACUUCAAGAGCGCUACAAUAGUUCAUCUCUACAAGCGCAAAGGGAACCGCCAAAUGGGCGACAACUACAGAAGCAUCGCCCUGCUCAACAUCGCCGGAAAAACCCUCGCCAUCCUUCUCAUCAGUAAUCUCAGUAGUCAUCUGGAAAAGGGACUCCUACCGGAAAGCCUGCGUGGCUUUCGCCAUAAUUGCAGCACCACCGACACUAUUUCCGUUGCACGCCAGUUUCGCUAG